GAGAAUUCUUGGCCUUCAAAAUAGGGUCAUCUGUCCUUAUUGGGGAAAAGACAAAAUCGCCCUUAAGGAUCAAGAAUCCUGUGAGUGGGUUUUAUCCUGAAAGCCACACGUAAUUUACUACACGAACCACAAGUGUAAGUUUAUCCCGUUACAUAUCAGCAAGAAUAGAUUCUAUUAGGGCCCACGUGGCAACCCGCACAGCCAAUCACAGCAUUCUUUCUUCUACUCCUAUCCUUGGAGAUAAGCUCAUAACGCCUUACAUUAACACACACCCCUUUCUUCCACACAAACCUACUCAUUCUUCAUCACUAAUUCUUGAAGGCAAAGAAUUGCAGAGACAACAAUGGCUUCCACUGUCUGUGCUUCUUCAGCCAUCGCAGCUGUUGCUUUCUCUUCUCCAGCUUCACAGAAGAAUGGAUCUUUUGUUGGAUCAACAAAAGCUUCCUUUCUUUGUGGGAAGAAACUAAGAGUCAGCAAGGUCACUGCACCAACCGUGGCACGAUCUUCCGGGACAGUAUGCGUUACCGCCGACCCCGAAAGACCCAUUUGGUUCCCCGGCAGCACCCCUCCGGAAUGGCUCGACGGCAGCCUACCGGGAGACUUCGGGUUCGAUCCUCUUGGUCUAGGAUCCGACCCGGAGACCUUGAGGUGGAACGUGCAAGCGGAAAUAGUACACUGCAGAUGGGCUAUGUUAGGAGCAGCUGGGAUCUUCAUCCCGGAAUUCCUAACAAAAAUCGGAAUCCUAAACACUCCUUCAUGGUACACAGCCGAAGGAAGACGAUGGGCUGACAUUCUCAAACCUGGGUGUGUUAACACCGAUCCCAUCUUCCCCAACAACAAGCUAACAGGUACAGAUGUUGGGUACCCAGGUGGACUAUGGUUCGACCCACUCGGAUGGGGGAGUGGUUCACCUGCAAAGCUUAAGGAAUUGAGGACAAAGGAGAUCAAGAAUGGGAGAUUGGCUAUGUUGGCUGUCAUGGGUGCUUGGUUCCAAGCAAUCUACACGGGAACUGGACCCAUUGAUAACCUCUUUGCUCACCUUGCUGACCCGGGUCACGCCACUAUUUUUGCUGCAUUCAAGGGUUAAAUAGCAAGGGGUUGUUGAGAUUAUGAUCUUCAGAUGAUGCUGGAGCGGGAAAAUGGUGGAUUUAACAGUUUUUGGCAAGUCAUGUGUGUGUAUCAUUAGAAAUUGUAUCUUGUCUCUACUGUAGAAACUUAAUGCAAUGUACAAAUACCUCUUGAACUUAAAAUGAUUCAGAUAUAUAAGCUUGUAUGUUGAUAAAGUACUGCAUAACUCUUGCCACCAGAUACCCGAACCAAGGUAUUUAUUAUCAUUACACAAUGGAAACUUUGGUUUAUGCUCUAAUAACAAUAGAAAAAAUAUUCUUUUCUAAAUUACAAAAAAAAGUUCUAGCCCGAUGAUAAAUGUGACAGUCUAUGAUGUUUAGGUUGCAAUUGUUAGUGAUUUUAGUGUCAUUACACACUUUAGAUGAUUGAAAUUUCAAGAGUACCGAAUAAGAUAGUAGGUAAGUACAAGUCUAUAUCAAGAGGUGUGGAGUACACACAAGUGUAGGCUAGUAGUAUCAUGAACACACUACGAGGAAUGAGGCCUAUGCCGACGACACUUUCAGCCACUAUGCCGACUACAUGUCGCCGGGAAAGCAUAUACCGACGACUUGUCGUCCGUAAAAAGUCGUCGGCAUAGCCCCGUCGGUAAAAGUGGAAAAUAUCGUCGGGAUUGAUGCCGUCAGUACAGAGCCAACAAUGUCAACAACAUGUCGUCUGCAAAGGGUCGUCAGGAGUAAUUUUCGAGGAAAAAAAGUUUUAUUAUAAAUCUAUUAUGGCAACAUGUCGUCAGGACAUGUUUAAGCAAUCCAUACGACAUGUCGCCGGGACAGGUUUAAGCAUUCCAAACGACUUGUGGUCUGGAAAAGGAGGUGGAAGAUAACUUCCGUUCUA